AUGGCUCAGUCCAAGGGCACAGUGGUCCUCGCCUACAGCGGGGGCCUCGACACCUCCUGCAUCCUGGUGUGGCUGAAGGAGCAGGGCUAUGAAGUCGUCGCCUACCUGGCCAACAUUGGGCAGAAGGAAGAUUUUGAGGCAGCACGAAUGAAGGCGCUGGCGCUGGGGGCCAAGAAGGUUUACAUCGAGGACAUCAGCAAGGAGUUCGUGGAGGAGUUCAUCUGGCCGGCGGUGCAGGCCAACGCUCUCUACGAGGACCGGUACCUGCUGGGCACGGCGCUGGCACGGCCCUGCAUCGCCCGCAAGCUGGUGGAGAUCGCCCAACGGGAAGGAGCCCAGUACGUCGCCCACGGGGCCACCGGCAAGGGCAACGACCAGGUUCGGUUCGAGCUCACCUGCUACGCCCUGUGUCCUGACCUCAAGGUAAGCGGGGGCUGGCUCUCCCCACAGGCUGGCUCACCCCUGCUCCCCUUCUUUUGGCAGAAACAUGGGAUCCCAGUGCCCGUGACGCCCCAGACGCCCUGGAGCAUGGAUGAAAACCUCAUGCAUAUCAGCUACGAAGCCGGGAUCCUGGAGAACCCCAAG